GGAUCGAGGACGAUGAGCUUCGAGCUGGAGGUUUGGAGUAAAACGGAAGACGUUGUUCAGACGUUGCUACAGCUCUACAGGGCGUCCUGCUUGGAGAACCUUGGAGACCAGACUGCAAUGAUCGCUGCUAAUCUGCAGUCGCGGUUGGCGAGGUCAUCGUUCGACAAGAUCUGCUUUCAGAGCGUCCUGGAGAUGCCGCACGAGGAGUGUGCCGCAGAGAUGGUCACGCCCCUCGUUUCCAAUCCGGGCCACGUCUGCGUAACGGACGAAAACCUUUAUUUCCAGCCUCUCAAUGGAUUCCCGAAGCACGUGAUUCAAAUCAAGCUGCACAGAAUCAGGAGAAUCUACAAAAGACGGCACGGCCUCAAACCUUUGGGUCUGGAGGUGUUCUGCACUGAGAACGAGCUGUGCUCCGACGUCUACCUGAAGUUUUACAGCACGGCUGACCGAGACGAGAUCUACUACUACAUCGCUACUUUCCUGGAGAACCACGUCACAGAGCACACAGCGGAGAGCUACACCCUGCAGUGGCAGCGAGGCCACCUCAGCAACUACCAGUACCUCCUCCACCUCAACAACCUGGCGGACCGCAGCUGCAACGACCUCUCCCAGUACCCAGUCUUCCCCUGGGUCGUCGCUGAUUACACCAGCUCACAGUUGGAUUUGACGGAUGCCGCCACGUUCAGAGACCUGAGCAAACCCGUGGGAGCGCUAAACAAAGAGCGACUCGACAGGCUGCUGGCUCGGUACCAAGGCAUGCCCGAACCCCGCUUCAUGUACGGAAGCCACUACUCGUCUCCGGGAUACGUCCUGUUUUACCUGGUCAGAGUCGCUCCGGAGCACAUGCUGUGUCUCCAGAAUGGCCGGUAUGACCACGCAGACCGCAUGUUCAACAG